GGGCAUUUAUGUAAGCCACUGUAGCAAAAAAAUAAAAUUGAUACAGUUAACUCAUGAUUCAUGAACCCCAUUUUCAUUAUAGGAGAAAGGUCCUCAAUCUUGAAAAGGACAGUUUGGUAAAUUUGGUACAUGUACCUGUGCUGUUUCAUUGUCUUUACUUCUCUUCCAAAGAAACCCAUGUAAUAUUAAUAAGCUAAUAACUUCUUGUCCAUAAACUGCAUCUUCCUCAAACUUUGUUCCUAGGAUUCACUUUUCCUAUAAAAAUUAUAGCUUUCUUGAUUCUGACUAAUCUUGAUUCGCGCCACGUAAUAAGGCCAGAGAGGGCUUGAAAUCGAGACGUCUGAUUAAGGGUGUCUUUGAUAUGUAUUUCAAGAACAAAGGAGCAACAGAAAGGUCUUCAAGAAGUGUAGUUUCUCAAAAAUGGAGUCUUUUUCUAUGUCUUGGAAGUUUUUGUGCUGGAAUGUUCUUCACAAACAGAAUGUGGAUUAUUUCUGAAACAAAAGGAGGAAUAACAAGAACAACUACAGUUGAAGCUGAAAGAUUGAAAUUAGUUUCAGAAGGUUGCAUUACAAAAUUUUUGCAGCAGAAAGAUAUAAGACUUGUAUCUAAAGAUAAUUUUGGGACAUUAGAUAACACCAUUUCAAAUUUGGAGAUAGAGUUGGCUGCAGCAAAGACAGCACAUGAGGCGAUUCUUAGUGGGGUUCCGAUAUCAGAAGAGAUCGAGAAGGGUGAAUCACGAAAAAGAAAGUAUUUUAUGGUUGUAGGCAUAAACACCGCGUUUAGUAGCAGGAAAAGAAGGGAUUCAGUUCGCGCUACAUGGAUGCCACAAGGUGAAAAAAGAAGGAAGCUAGAAGAAGAGAAAGGAAUAAUCAUUCGCUUCGUUAUAGGUCAUAGUGCCACAUUAGGGGGCAUAUUAGACAAAGCUAUUGAAGCUGAGGACAAAAAGCACGGUGAUUUCUUGCGUCUGGAUCAUAUUGAGGGUUAUCUUGAAUUGUCCGCCAAGACGAAGACUUACUUUGCCACAGUUGUUAACUUAUGGGAUGCAGAAUAUUACAUCAAGGUUGAUGAUGAUGUUCAUGUCAAUAUAGCAACACUAGGGGAAACAUUAGCAAGGCAUCGUAAAAAACCACGUAUAUAUAUUGGAUGCAUGAAAUCUGGUCCUGUCCUCUCUAGGAAGGGUGUAAGAUAUCAUGAACCAGAAUAUUGGAAAUUCGGAGACAAGUAUUUUCGUCAUGCUUCUGGACAAAUAUAUGCCAUUUCGAAAGACUUAGCCACUUACAUAUCAGCAAACCAGCAUGUACUUCAUAAGUAUACAAAUGAAGAUGUGUCACUGGGAGCUUGGUUUAUUGGACUUGAUGUGCAGCAUAUCGAUGAUCGAAGAUUGUGUUGUGGAACCCCACCUGAUUGUGAAUGGAAGGCACAGGCAGGCAAUCUUUGUGUUGCAUCGUUCGACUGGACCUGCAGUGGGAUAUGCAGGUCUGUCGACAGGAUGAAAGAGGUCCAUCGUCGUUGUGGUGAGGGAGAUAAUGCACUGUGGAAAGCUUCAUUCUGAGGACAUUCAUUAAAGGAAAACAGGUCAAAUCACUAUGUCAAAACGCCACAUUCUUUUGCUCGGAAGAACGUAUUAUACGUAUGAUUAGAGGCAAAUUUAGAAUCUAGAGUAAGUGGAUUCAAAAUAAGUGUAAUUGUAUUAUAUGUAUACAUUUUGUCUUUUUUUUUAUAUACAUAGGUCGAGCUGAAAAGCAAUCGGUUCAGUUGAACCCGCAGAAGGCGCUUUUAAGUCCUCCUGUGUAGUAUAUGUUAUACACGAUUGAGAGAGACGCGCAUGGAGAGAGAGAGAGAAAGAGAUUAAUAAUAGAUGGCCAAGGUUUAGCAGUGGAGAAACCUACUCCAUUUUUGUAACAAAUAAACUCAUAUUAUUGUACAUCACUUCAGUAAUGCAAGUGGAAUGAUUUUUUUGGUGAUUUAA